AUGUGCGGGGCAGCGGCUCCUCUUGAAGAUCCCAUCCAUCCGUCGUCAUGGCUUCCCUUGGUGUUGGUUAUCCAUUUGUACACACGAUCUCUUGUGAAGGUGGGCGACGACGGAUUCUACUCAUCCGCAGACCCUCUGAGUAAUCAACGAGCCCUCUACCUUUCCCCGCGCCUGCGGAUCCUCUACAACAUCCCAUUUGCGAUCCCCUUUGACGUUCGCGUUGCCAUUCUCCGUGAAUUCGUCGACAACGACAAGAGGAACCUGGUCGAGGCCGGGAUCGACAGUGGCGACGUGUUCAAGGAGCCUUCCCAAUUGCCGAACGGACUCUGA